GAUCUGGCUGCGGAAUUCCAACAGGAUUGCAGACGUCCUUGGAGGGGAGGAGCUCCUGUAGACACCAGCUGAAGCAAGACGCCUCACAAACCAAAGUUCAAGCAUCUCCCCCUGUUGUCCAGCUCAGACAAUGCAGCGCUCUGCACCAUGAAGGCGACACAUCUCCCGUUCUUUGUGAGCUGAUAUCAAGUAGACAGACACCUUCUGAAGUUUUGUGCAUGCUGUGCGCUUUUUUUCUUUGCUGCAACAAGAAAAGCCUUUUCUUUUAACCUGGCUUCCUUUGAAGAAGUAACUCAGGAAGCUUCAUGGCCUCUCAAGAAUCUCGGGGACAAACCAACCCUAUCUUUAAGGAUUACCUCCCUGGUUCUUCUGACAUUCCUGAACAGAAUAAGCCUGUUGAACCUACAAGUCUCUGGAAGCAAACAUCACACACUCAUAACUUACCACCUGGUCUGGAGUACCUGAACCAGCUGGACCGGAUAAUUAUUCAUCAGCAAGUGGAGCUUCUGGAAGCCAUACUUGGCACAGAGACCUCCAGCAAAUAUGAGAUAAAAAACCAUUUGGGACAAAGAGUUUACUUUGCAAUAGAAGAAAAUGAUUGCUUUGAUCGUAACCUGUGUUCGCCUAUAAGGUCGUUCACCAUAAGGAUCGCGGAUAACAUGGGCCGAGAAGUGAUUAGAGUGAUCAGACCCUUGAGAUGCAACAGCUGCUGGUUCCCCUGCUUCCUGCAGGAGUUAGAAGUUCAGUCCCCACCAGGUACAACAGCUGGGUAUGUUGUACAGAACUGGGACCCUUUUCUGCCAAAGUUUACUAUACAGAACCAAAGUAAAGAAGAUGUACUAAAAAUAAUUGGCCCUUAUGCAACCUGUGGCUGUUUUGAAGAUGUUGAGUUUGAGGUAAAAGCUCUCAAUGAGAUGACAACAAUUGGCAAAAUUUCCAAGUACUGGUCUGGAUUUGUAAACAACGUCUUUACCAACACUGCCAACUUUGGGAUACAGGUCCCUGUAGAUCUUGAUGUGAGAAUGAAGGCAGUAAUGAUUGGUGCUUGUUUCCUCAUUGUAAGUAUGCACUGUGAAAAGGUAGACCUCUAGAGGUGUGCAGACUGGGGCAGAGGGUCCAUUGGUAUCAGCUGUGAUCCUACAAAGGUGUAAGUGCAGUGGAAAGCCAAACCCAAUACCUAAAAGAUAAAUUAAUUGAAAACAUUUUAAUUUUUAUGUCUGCUUUUGUUUUUUAGGUUUCUUAAUUUUUUGUUUCUUAAAUAGUUUAAAUAGUAUUACACAUGCAGUUCAGUAUUUCAUAUGGCAGGAUCAAAUCUCAACAUGUCAAACCUACAAAACUCCCUCAAGCCCCUUACUGUUUUUGAACAAUUGUAUGAGCCAAAAAAAAGUUAUGUUGUUUCUAAUGGUAAUUUCAAACCAAUUCAAUAGUUCUGUUGAAUGUUCCAUGUAAGACCUCCGGGUCGUAUAAAAAUUCCUACAAAAAUUCCCUUGUGAAAAUGAUUGUAAGAUAAGAAUUUUCUGAGAAGAAUACUCAGUGUUAAGGGUAAAGAUGAAGUUAAGAUGCCCAUUUUCUAGAAUUAUAAAUUGAUAUUCAUUGUGU